AUGACCAGUCUCAAGUCACUGAAGCUGAGUGGCUUCCGCAACACGCUGCGGCGGCUCCUGCGCAAAACGCCGCCAGCUGGCGACGGGUCUGGUGGCUCCUCGCCAGCUGGCAGCCAACAGCUCGACGGCAGCUUCCCCAAUGGACAGGCAGAGGCAGCAAACGGAGCCUCGUCGUCAAAGGGCCUUGUUUCACCGUCGCUGAAUCAGCUCAGCACGUCCGCUGCCACUGAGAAUCACGACGACUGGUCCCAGGCUUUAAAUGGUGACUUUUCAGACAUUGUCAAGUCGCAUGCUCACGACGACAAGGCCGACAUCCUAAGGAAUACAGACACAGACACAGACGCUGCGCAAGAUACCACCACACACAAUCUCAUCGCCACACCCGAUCCCACCAUGGCUCCCCCUCGCCCUCUGUCAGAACAGACGCGGCCUACGCAAAAGGCUCCCGCCGCCUCCUCACACCUCUCACAGCUAGAGGAGAACAAGGAAAAUGUACCCCCCGAGAAGCUCGUAGACUCUCUCGCCGGCCUCAAGAUUGUCGACUCGCCUCAAAAGGGCGACGCAGUCACAAAGGUCGACGUCGCGGCGCUGCAAGAGGCCGCUGCCGCUGAAGCACAGCCUGCAAUUGACUACAGCUUCCUCAACGACCCCCUCAUAGCCGCUGAACGCGCCCAGCAUCUGCGAUUUAUCGGCGAGGCAUUGGAUAUGGCCCGCCUCGCCCUCCAAAUCAACGAAACACCUGUCGGCUGCGUCUUGGUCCACGACGGCAAAAUUAUUGCCAAGGGAAUGAACGCCACCAACGUCACCCGCAACGGCACUCGCCACGCAGAGUACAUGGCCCUCGCCGCCCUGUUCUCUUACCCCAACAAGGACGGCCCGCGUACCACCCGCCUCAAGCCCAAGCAGCUCACGGACAGAGAGGAGGCGGAAAGGGCUGCUCGCCGGCAGUUGAGCGAGGAAGAGGCCGAGUCCGAGACAGAACAGCCCGAUGCCGUCCCGGAAACGCUGUCCACUGACGUACCACCCCACGAGGGCAACGAGGACGGCAAAAAGGGACACCUCUACCCAUAUGGACAGAAGAUACUCGACAUUGAGCGUGUCCACAGGUCCAUUGUCUCCGAGAGCGUUCUCUACGUGACUGUGGAGCCCUGCAUCAUGUGCGCCUCGCUGCUGCGCCAGCUCAAGAUCAAAAAGGUCUAUUUCGGUGCUGUCAACGACAAGUUUGGAGGCACUGGCGGCGUAUUCAGUCUACACGCCAACUCGCUGCCUGUUAGAGAGGACGGCCAGACGGCGGCCGCGCAUCCCAUUGCCAAGCCCAUCCAGCUGCCUGAUGGCACGGGAGGAAGCCUGGGUUGUUCGCAUCCGCCGGGCGGGGGCGACGGAGGUAAUGUCGAGCCGGGGUACGAGAUUGAAGGCGGAUGGGGCCGUGAUGAUGCCGUUGCUCUGCUGCGGCGCUUCUAUGUCCAGGAAAACGGACGAGCCCCGGUACCCCGAAAGAAAGAGGGACGAGCUGCUCGACUCGCUGCUAUAAUGGGGCAGGACGGUGUCGAGGGAGACGCCGAUGAUGAGACGGCGACACCUAGUGAGGGUGUCGACACGAACGAGGCGGGCGAUGACGUGCGCAAGCCGAGCAGCGAGUCGAGCUACGACGAUGCGCAGCCGGACAUGGAUGGCGACAAUCUUUACGACGCUUGA